AAGACUGCAACCAACGAAGUUGUUGAUACUGACACGAACCGCACCCGCUACGAAACGAGACGACAUCGCUUCAAAGCUCCAAAUCCGUUCCCUCGACCGACGGCUGCCUUCUUCGUGACCUUUUCACUAAUGCAACGAAGCUAGAGACCUUUGUCUCACCGGAUCCUCUCACGGCGACAUUGUGAGGACCUACCAGUGCUGCUGUUUGGCCAACGCAAGCUUCGCUUCAUACCGAUUGGUGGUUCCAUCGGCUGUUAUCAAGUUGCAGAGGCUGGGGGGGCGCAGUUUUCGCCGACCGCCUCGCCCGCCAUGCCGUCCAUCCUCAACAUCGCACACAUGUGCUCCCACCUACAAAAUGCAUCAAAAGCUCGCCUUGGUGUCACAUCGAUUCAAAACACAAAAUAUAAUCUGCAUCUUGCGCUAGCCAUGCACCGUUCUGGCUUCUUCUCUGCUGUCUACCGCGCUGGCCCGCAUCCGCCCACCAUGGAGCAAAUGGUGUCCGGUGCACCAGAGAUUGUAACGAGCGCGAACGUUGCAAAGAUGCGGUUAUGGCUGGGCCUCAAGUACUGGGACGGGAAACCGGUCCUAUCAAAGGCACAUGUUAUCAGCAAGCCAUCUCGUCUCAUGACGGCUGACAUUCGGGAACUUGCUCGACUCACGAGGGGCUUCCCGGCGAAGCUCAAGGGCGGCGUAGUGCCGGGCCUGAACUUGGGCGAAUGCAUGUUUGUAGCAACUUCACGAGGCAUUCUAGAGGCUCGAGAGGCGCUGGCGAGGAAAGUUGGCGGACUACUGAUCUGCCGCGCAUCGUGAAAGACUGGCUACUUAUUGUCAAGUCCUAGUCACGACCGAAGUCUGGUAGAUAACAUCUCAGGCCGGACUUGAUUUGCCUUGGGCCAACUUCGGCUGCAGAGGCUAAACAUUGUAUGGAAUGUAAGAUAGCUUAUUAUGGCUGUGUCCAACCAGGUCAUAGUCCGCAGCACGAGGCCGCCACACAACGCUGCAUUCUUGAAAUUGUGCC